UUCCUCCACGUUGGUCGAUAUUCCUCCAUCCCAUCAAGUCUACAACGAGAAAUAGCCCAACAAGCAGACUGUGCGCAGGAAGCAGACAACAUCACCCGGACGAUGGGUAGACAGACUCAUCUCUGCGUAUGUCAAGGUGUUUCCUCCCCCCAAGACACGAAGAAAAAAACCGCAAACCCAGGGCAAUCCACGCCAAACCCGACAAAACAAACGCAGCAAGCUAAAACACCGACCGGCGUCACCCGCCCAACCUCGCUGGCUCUACGACUCCUAGAGCAGGGCACCUUACUAAGGCCUUACCCUCACCCACGAAUAGGCCGCCCGCGGGCUUUCGCAGCGCAUCUAUUUCCCGCUCGGUCGCACCCGCGGAUACCCUUGGUCAUGGGUCUGGCUUCUUCCCUUGGCUUCUUCUUCCUCCCACCUCCCGCAGAACCAGGAUGGCCCCUGAGUCGUGCGCUGACAAAGGAAACGCUACAAUUCUCCCAUUGGGUCUUUUUCCCCCUGGGUGAUUUCAGCAUGGAUACCGCCGAUGGGUUGUAUGCGGCUCUAAUAGUAUCUACCAGGGUGAGGGGACUUGUGACAGAUGCUGCGACGUUCCGCUGGUCCCAUGUUCGCCGGCAACACAAUGGAACGUCUCACAACCACAACAACUCGGAACUGAUCGCCAUACGUCCAUAG